UCAGGUAUGGGAUUAGUUAGUUAGCCAGUUAUUUGUUUUUGGAGGCAUGGACUUAAUGGUGGAGGAAGCCGUAACCCACCAGUGACUACGUGAACACACCGGCGGGGAGUCCAGGAAUAUUACCUUGUAUCCGGUGUAGUUCUACUAAUACAAUAAUAUUAUUGUGAUAUAUAUUUAUGUUCGCAACGUAGACAAUCCAAUCUGUACAAAAUCAUGAGUGCGACUCACGAGUAGCGCUAGGGUCCUUUAAAAAUUGAUCAAAUAAUUAAAAUAUUCAUACUGAGAGAGGAAUAACGAGAUCACGACAUUUUUCGCGAACUUCCGCACCACAGUUUACUAUCUGGUCCAGUAGUACUCUGAGAUGAGAAGCUGACUAAACUUUCAUUUACAAUUUGUGAUCAGAAAAUGGCUAGUUUGGCUUCCAAAAGAGGAGCUGUACUUAUCGGUAACGCAAAAUAUAUUUCAUUCAUUACUACAUCAUCAAGACAUGCUUCAUUGGUGUCAACGUCAAGAAAAUCAUCCACGUCCCCAACAAGAAAGUCACGCUUCAUUGAUUACAGAGAAGAUGUUCAGAAACCGAGAGUCAUUAUUACAGGAGGUCUAGGACAACUUGGUCAAGGAUUGGCAGAAAGUCUUCGACGUCAAUUUGGAAGAGAAAACGUUUUGUUGACCGAUAUAAAGAAACCUUCACAGAAUAUACUUGAGUCAGGUCCAUUUGCCUUCGCAGACGUACUGGACACCCGUAAUCUACGAGAGUUAGUUGUGAACCACGGGGCGGAUUGGUUUGUCCAUUACAGCGCUCUCUUGAGCUCUAUCGGAGAAAGCAACGUUCCUUUGGCGAUGAAAGUCAAUAUCCAAUCUGUUCACAACGUAUUGGAACUUGCUCGAGAAUUCAAUCUUCGGUUAUUCAUUCCGAGUACAAUCGGUGCUUUCGGUCCCGAUUCUCCACGUGACCCGACUCCGGAUAUCUGUGUGCAAAGACCAAAGACUAUUUACGGCGUUGCAAAAGUUCAUGCUGAAUUGAUGGGAGAGUAUUAUCAUCAUCGGUUUGGAGUCGACUUUCGGAGUUUGAGAUAUCCGGGAAUCAUCUCAGCAGAUACGGAACCUGGUGGCGGAACAACUGACUACGCCGUCGACAUAUUUCACUCCGCUCUGGAUAAUGGAAGUUUUCAAUGUAAUUUGAAUCCCGAUACCAGGUUGCCGAUGAUGUACAUUGACGACUGUAUAAAAGGAACGGUUCAGUUCAUGCACGUUCCAAGUCAAAUGAUGAAACUACGAACGUACAACGUGAAUUCGAUGAGUUUCACCCCAGAAGAAAUCGCUCUCGAAAUUAGAAAACAUAUUCCUAAGUUUAAAAUGUCGUACAAAGUCAUUCCAAUGUUGCAGAAAAUCGCUGACGAUUGGCCGAAGAAAUUUGAGGAUACAAACGCUCGCAAUGAUUGGGCUUGGUCGCAUGAUUAUGAUAUUGAAGACUUAGUUCACGUAAUGCUGGAAAAACUGAGAAUGAAGCGACACCUUCAGAAUGGCGGCAACGUGAAAACGGCGGCUUAGAGUUUACCGCCGAGGACAAUUCCUGUAAAUGAUAUAAAAUACGACUCCAUGAAAGGCCCCGUGCAAACAUCUACCCAACUUACACCCUUACACCCUUGGUGAUAUGUAACACCGGUCCGCCAGUACGCGAGUUGGGAGAUACUAAACAAGGAAUAUGCCUCGUGUUUUUAGUAUCAUUGGCAUUAGAUUUUAGCAGUUUGUUGUGAGUUGUUCACCGCCGAACAAAACUCUACGCCUACUAGGGCACAAUGCAGCGUUUAUUAAAUCCUCACCAUAGAAUUUUACAAAGCCUUUUUAGCUUGGCUAGUGCGUGAAUAAUAUUUAAAAAAACGAUAAAAGAAACUUAUGUCCCAAUUUAUUCGAUUUAUACGUUGUAUUCCGACGAAAUUAUGUUCAAUUCGCACUUAUUUGACGAUCUUUGUUAUAGAUUGUUUGCACUCACUCAAGAUAAUAUGAAUAUUCAACUUUUGAGCAGUUCAUGUCAUGUUCAAAAGUUUGUUGCGGUUUCCUUUGUUGUUCUUGCCUUGCAUUUAUCCUGUAAGUUUUGUAAUUUAACUAUAUGAAGUGUUCUUAUUGACAUACAAAUUGGAGAGUUUCCAUGACAUUUCUUUUGUUUUUCUUUUCUGUAAAUUAAAAUCCAUUGCAUAGUGUAUUUUUGCUUUUAUUCACUUUCUCAUUUUUCGCUUUUUGUUUUCUGUUUGUUGUGAAUAGCAUACAAUUUUCAUACUUAUCUCGGGGAGAAAAAAAAACAAACAAGCGACGGCUUAAUCAUACGUCGGGUUACCACUAGGGCUGGGCAUUUUGAAUCGAAUAGUAAAUUAUUCGAAUCGGUUUAGGGCAAAAUUUCGAAUCGCCGCCAUCUAUAUUUUUCUUUCCGUCAAAGGUCGAGGUGAAAUCCCAAAUUUUUUUAUUGAAGCCAUAUUUUUUCCAACGCGAAUAUGACUUUUUUCUGUAGUAAGGUAUUGAUUAAAACGUGUUUCUUAUUGUGUGUGAACGCUCAGUAAUCUGUCUGAGAGAUGUAUUUUUAGUUUUCGGUAACUCAUUUCUUGACAGUACCAAUUACAAUAAAAAAGUCGCUUACAGUUAUGUAUUUCCGAGUAUUCGAUUCAAAAAAUAAAUCGAUUCACCAGGUAUUCGAAAAUGCCCAACCCUAGUCACCGCGUCUCAUCCGGUUAGCAGUCCAUUUCGGGUAUGGAAAUGGUGCAACAAGAAGGAGCCAUAACCAGAUAUUUCUGAGAUAUUAUACCAUAUAUAAUAAACUGUAAGCCAUUUCAAAUUGUACAUUGAAGCCCUUCAAAAAAGUGCAUGCAAAAAAGUAAAUAUGACCCUUUCACUAAAGGCUAUGUUUAUGGGUUUCAAAACGCUACAACAAAAUUUUUUUUUUUUUUUCAAUUUAUUCUUUUCAAAAAUGAAAUUUUUUUUCUGUUUGUUAUUCUAUCACUGAAUAUUUCAAUUCAUGUAGUUGAAUUGAGUAUAUUAAAUGAAAAUCACAGUUACACAGUUUGUCUUUUGAUCUAAAGAGUGUCCAUAAAGUCUCUAUACAAUUUUGUUAUGAGGUCAGUUCUCAAUAUAUCUGAACCAGGUUUGUUGUUUUUAUUCAGUAUUUUUUUUUUUUAUUUCAUUUAAGACAUCUGUGAGGGCCAAAACAAUAUGUGGUAUCGAGAAAUUCCAGGUGCAAAUUAGGACUUUAUGGACACCCUAUAUAUUUAUACACACGCUCCUUCUUUUUAACGGAUUCAAAGAUACACAUUUGGAUGUUUUAUGUCCAUAGCAUUUUGGAGAACUUUAAAUUAUCAAUUAUUCUGUACUCGGGAUAACGGAUUUUUUUUAUUGCCGUUGUCAAGUUAACACGUACUAUUUAUUUCUAUGUAACAUCCGAAUACCGUAUAGUUUUGCAUUUUUAUCCAGGAUUUAAAUUAUUGUUUUGUCACUGUAAAUAUAUAUUAUAAACGAAUACACUAUUUUUAAUGCCGUC